GGCAACGAGACAGUGCACUCUCACGAAGGUCUCACCAGUCCGCAGAGCUGGGUCAACCACGCCCACAACCACACCCAGUCGGCCACGCCCUCUCACCGAUCCAACGUCUCCUCCUCCUCCUCCUCCUCCUCCUACACCUCCAACGCGUCCAGCGUGGACGAGUCGCUAGCCGGAUCCGUGGGACCCGAGAAGAUGCCCGUCGAAUCCUUCCAGGACCCGUACGAUAUGCCCGAGUCUAGCUGGAUCUUACUGAAUCUAAUGCACACAUACGACAACCGGAUUCGGCCCAACUUUGGAGGCCCACCGACGGUUGUAGCUUGCAGUGUAUUCGUCUUGAGUAUGGACGAGGUGACCGAAGUUACAAUGGACUACGGGAUGACCAUCCUUCUGGAAGAGUACUGGAACGAUCCGCGCAUGGCCUUCGCCAACUACAGCACGCUACCUUACAUCUCUUCCGGCAUGAGUGUCGCAGAAAAGAUCUGGGUACCAGACCUGUUCUUCGCCAACGAGAAACGGGCCAGCUUCCAUGAGGUCACCGUCCACAAUAGGCUGAUCAGGGUAUACCCCGACGGGGAUAUUUUCUACAGUAUGAAAUUGAGUCUGGUGCUGUACUGUCACAUGGAUUUCAAGGCUUUCCCGAUGGAUAAGCAGAGGUGCAUGACCGCCAUUGAAAGCUAUCAAAGCACGGAGGAUGAGCUGAUCGUCUUAUGGAAGAUGCCUAACCCCGUCACGGUGGGACCCGAAAUCAGCUUACCGCAGUACGCCAUGCAGAGGGAUAUUCCCUUCGGUAUAUGCCACAACCGCGUGUCUACAGGUCCCUCCAACGCCAACUUCUCUUGCAUCCAGUUCAGCUUCACGCUGGUUCGCGAGCUGACCUUCUACAUCAUCCAGACCUACAUCCCUACGUCAUUGCUGGUACUCAUCUCCUGGGUGUCCUUCUGGAUCGACAUCGGCCAAGCAGCGGCGAGGGUGUCGUUGGGCGUGACCACUGUCCUCACCAUGACAACCACUACCGUUGGAUACGGCGCGUUUGCCGGCUUGCCCAAAGUUUCUUAUACAAAGGCGAUCGAUUUAUGGUUUGAUGCUUGUUUGUCGUUUGUCAUCGGCAGUCUUUUCGAAUACGCCGUGGUACACUAUUUGUGGACCAAGGACAAAGCCGAGAAACAUAUACGGUGGGCAGCAUCAAAAGAAUCGUUCAAAUCACCGACACCGUAUCACGGAGGGCAGAACCAAUCGAACAACAGCUACCUGUACAGCAACACGUACAAGGACCCGUCAUCACGGGACCGGGACCACUGUUCCGAGUCCGACUCGCAAAACAGUCGCUUCGGGAGCCGCUACAACUACCAGACGAGCUACCGCGCCGUGCGCAAGAACUCCUACUCGAGCCACUGCGAUAAUGACCCGGAGAUGGGCUAUAGUAAACUCCAUCACGAUGGGGCGGCCUUGGCCGAACGGAAACGCUGCAAGCUCGCCGCCAUCCGGAUAGACAGGCUAUCGCGGGUGGGCUUUCCACUCGCGUUUGUGACCUUCGUCGUCACCUACUGGGUCUGCUACUACAGAAUCUAUACGGCGGAUCUUCCACCCAUAGAAUAGUUUUUUUAAGAGAAAGAAACACAGAUUUACUUUGUUGUUGGCAAGUACUGUCUUGAAGUUGGCACAAAGCGUCUUCUGUUCGAAGUGUUCAAUUGCGGUGGAAGCUGAUUUUCAGUCUUCGGGCGAAAUUAGACCAACGACUGUAAACCUUGGGGGUUCACUCGUCCCCAGAGGGCGCUGGUUACCUCUAGCUUCUUUGAGCCCCGAUUGGACGGCCUCUGAUGGUUUAUGAGCCAGAGUCAACCCUUUUUUCAGCUCGCCUUGGACAGCAUCUUCAACUUCAAGUGGUGUUUGCGGUGGAUGCGGCAUUUUCAGUCUUCUGUCAACCUUAUGGGUCUACUUGCUAAAUACGAACACGCUUGAAAUUUCAUGUUAAAUCAUGGGUUAUUGUUUUACCUCUGUCUUUAAUACUGUAUUUUCAUUGGCAUAUGUAGAACGAUCACAUGUUAGGUCUAUAAAAAUUCAUGGCACACUCCCUGUGGGAUAUCACGUAGGUGAUAUCCCACAGGGAGUGUGCUAUGAUUGUGUACGU